UUCUGCCUUUAAGCUGAAGACGACUAAUAACAUUAAUAUACUAUAGUAUUGCAAUCUGGUGUUUCAAAAUUUCAAAGUUUAUCGAGACCGAAUUUCUCUGUUUAGCCGGGUUACUAUUUACAAUUGUAUUGAUUUUGCUUAGACUAUUCACAACCUUCAAGGACUUGUUGUGAAUUAGGAUUAAUAUCAGCCUGGAGAACCAGCAUUGAUUGGAUUAUUGUAAAGAAAGGAAGACCACAUAUAAACUUGGGAAACGCAGUGGAUGUUUUGGAUCUAAAAUAAAGAUUACUGUCCAUUGUUGCAAUGUCUGACCCAGCAUAUCCACCGCCGGAUAACAAAGGGAACUUUGGGAACACACCAGCGUAUAACGAUCCAAACAUCCCACCUCAACCAAGCAUGCCUCCUCAAGGGGGAUAUGGUAUGCAGCCCAAUCCUUAUGGAGCUCCACCACCUGGUCAAUACGGUGGUGCACACCCAGGGGCUUAUUACGGACCCCCUCCCCCGGGAAAUUAUGGGGGACAAUAUGGGGGACAAUAUGGCGGACAAAAUCAACCACCACAAAACGUGAUCAUUCAUACCCAACCACAACCAACCACUCAAACUGUGGUGGUUUCACCAGGCAUCCGGCCGAGUGACAACUUGGCCCUCGCUAUCUUCACGACGCUUUGUUGCAACCUUCUCUUUGGCAUCAUCGCAAUAAUAUUCUCGGUGAUGUCGUCAUCAGACGCAGAUGCUGGGGACAUGGAGAGUGCAAGAACGAAAGGAAGGAUAUCUAUGGGACUUAGUAUUGCAGGGAUAGUGUUGACCAUUAUCGCCAUUGUAUUUGUUAUCAUCUAUUUCACAGUUAUCGUCAGUUCUGCAUUAAGCAUCUUUGGCUAGAAAAUAGAGGUUACGAUGAUGAUACUAAUAGUAGCAAUAUAGUCAAAUAUACGGAGAACGUAAAAAGGAAACAUAUAACAAUGGAAAAGACAAGAUAUGCGUAGACUCAAUUCGAUAAAUAGACUACAUACAUAUAUGCACUAAUAUCCCAGAUGCGAGUAGAAA